AUGAAUUUGGAAUCAUUAUCCAACGAAUUAUUACUCGAUCUAUUCGAAUAUCUUUCUGUUGUUCAUCUUCUUCGGGCUUUCCGUGGUCUGAAUGUUCGUUUCGAUACUCUUCUAUGUACCCAUUUUCAAGUCUAUGGUCAUCUCAACUUUCAAUCUGUGUCCAAACAUGAUUUUGAUAUUGUCUGUCAACAACAUCUUCCAUCUGUCAUUGAUCGAAUUAUUUCACUUCGUCUAUCCGACGACGAUGAUACUCCACAGCAAAUCGAUAUUUUCAUAUCGUAUGGUUUUUCUCUUCGUCAAUUCAUUCAAUUACAAACACUUUCAUUGUAUCACUUAUUUUCAUACGAGACAACCAUGAAAAUAAUCGAAGAAUUACAUCAUUUACCUUAUUUCACUCACCUCAAUUUCAUCGAUAAUCACUUUUUAUGUGACGAAACAGACGUCGAGAAAAUGAUCGAUACCAUUUGGAGUCUACCAAAACUUACUCAUUGUCAUUUAUAUAUUGAUUUUCAUCAAAAUGAACGAUUGUUUCCUAGAUUAAAUACAAUCUCAUCAUCUCUUGAAUAUCUUUCUGUCGAAAAGUUCAAUUUCGAUUUGAGUAAAUUAGAUCAUCUAUUUCAACAUACACCUCAUCUUCGACAUCUUAAUGUGCGACUGUUCGAUCAUUCAUUCGAUCAACAAUUAUCAUGUUCUAUUCCAUUGAUGAUAACAUUGAAACUUGUUAUUCAAAAUUCGUUAAAUCAUUUAGUGAACCUUUUGCAGAACUUGUCCAAUUUGUGUCAUUUGACAGUUGAGACACUGGACAUCGACUUGGAUGGACAACAAUGGGAACAGAUAAUAAUUGAUCACUUACCCAAACUUAGAAUCUUUCAACUUAAAAUGCAUAUCAAACUCGAGGACAAUGAUGAUAAGCAAUUAAAAAUCGAUAAAUUGAUCACUUCAUUUCGAAGUCCAUUCUGGCUCGAUGAACAUCAAUGGUUUGUCCGAUGUCAUUGUAUUGAAGAGUGUUGUCUCAAUAGUAUUUUACUCUACACAUUACCAUAUGCAUUUGGCUAUUUCGAUCCUAUUGUCAAGAUCUCAUCGAUAUCUACUUGCCCACAUGAAAAUGAUUAUUGGUCUUACAAUCGUGUACAUAGUUUGAUCUAUCGGACUCCCAUAAUUCGUGAAUCGCCUCUGUCUAAAAUUGGUUUUCCUAAUAUUCGUCGUCUUUGUCUCAGUCUACCUUCUAAUGAUCAUUUUUGGUCUGUCGUUACCACACUUGAUCAAUUGAUUUCACUUAAUCUAGCUCUGCACGAUGAUGAUAAUGAUAAUAAUAAUCAUGUUCGAUCUCAAUUGCAAGUCGUUCUCGAUCGAGCACCUCAUCUCUAUUCUUUAGCAUUCAGGUCAUGGUCAGAUUUGCAAAUGUGUCUUGUUGACAAUAGAAGUUUGUCAGUUCGUUGGCUUGAUUUACAAGGAUACGAUGAAAAUUGGUCCGAGGAACGAUGGUUCAACGAUGAGCAGUGUACUGAAUUGUCUUGCUCAUCACUUGGUAUUCAAUGCGAAGUGCUUCUCAUUCGAGUUGAACAUCGAGCGACUAUUCUUAAUCUUGUCAAUCGGAUGACGAGCCUUCGAGCGCUAAGUAUCAAGUGUCGAGAUGAUACAUUCAAUGGAUCCAGUGAUCGAUCAUCAUUCACAGAAGAUGAACUUGUUAAAUGGUUGAAAGAAUGUUUGCCAUCGGUAUCGACAAUUGCAAGACACUCGGUCGAAUUCGUGCGAAUGUGGAUUCGUUGA